GGCCCAGAGCUCGGGAUGAACGGGGAGUUAGUCAGUCGUUUUUAAGACCAGCAACAAGGAGGACUUCUCUGCUGUUUACAACAGAUGCCACAUGGAAUAACGUCAACAACGAAAGAGCAGCUUUAUUUACUGCACGGACUCCGGAUGUUACUAACCGUUACGGUUGAAGUUGGACCUUGUCGAGAUCUAAACGAAAGGUACCUCUUCAGCCCACUGCAAGGCUUAACGGAGGACAAAAAUGCAAUCUUGUGCAUGGAUGAAUGGACAGUACCAACAGCAUGGACCACUCUCUCAGUCCUCACAAGCUGCUACUCCUCUUACCCAUGACACAAUGAGGAAUCGGCAAGGUGGGACAGCAAAUAACUGUUAUCUGUACAGGACAUUGACCACAGGAGGCCAACCACAACAAAGUGCACAUUUGGCCUUUCGCGAUGGAGCUUACUCUAACAGACAGAUGUCAAGCUGGCAUGCCUCAGCAGUUUCUCAUCAGACCGUUUCUCCUCAGCAGCCAGCUAGAGUGAACACAAACAAUUAUCUGACGGGCUUAAAUGGCAAUCUGCAAAAAUCCUCUACUAAUAUGCAAAGUGGAAAUCAUGGUUUGGUGGUCACUAAUGGAGUUCAGGUUGCCAGGCAGCAAGAUUUUCAUCAGAACUCUAUGGGAAAUUGGAAUCAGUCAAUAUGGGCACAAGAUGGUAACAUGUCUAAUCGCCAAUAUUGUAGAGUUCAGAAAAGCUUGUCUCAAAAUGUAAAUGGAGCGUCAACUCUACCUGUUUCAGCAUACACUACAACAGCUACCUCGCUUCCACAUGAACAGGUGGGUCGGACCAACAAAUUAAUGUCUGCACAAAACAGACAGACUGCUCAUAACCAAUAUUACAGACAAAACAGCAUUCAGCAUGGAUUCUCUCCUUCCUUCCCACCAACCUAUGAUAUGGCUGUCUCUCAGUCUUUCACAAACAGCAUUACAGCAAACACAGCAAGUGAACAGAGUUCGUACAGCAUGCUCCAGAAAACUCAACAAUACUCCAGUCAAAGGAACAAUGGGGACGAGGCCACCACCUCUGUUAACUCAAAUUCAUUCGGCCGCCAGUAUGAAACCAACCCGUUCUUGGCAAAAACAAACAACCCUUCCUUAAAUCCAGCUGCUGAUACACAACAAAUGCCCAGCCGCCAGAUGAUAGUUGCAGGAAUUGCAGACAGCCUACGUAAUUCUUUCACUGCUAGCUCAGAUGGUCGACCUCUAGUGUAUACCAGUUCACCAUACAAUGGGAAACAUGCCAGCGAGGUCAGAAUGAUGGAGUCUAAUCAAAGUAUGCAACCUGUGUCGACUGUGACAGAAAGUUACAGCCCAAAUGCCUUGCAGUCUUUACCAUUCAGUUCUAGGCAAUCUUUGCCUGAAACCACCCGCAGUGUUAUGUCAAGACAACAGCACAGCGUAGAUACGCCACCUCAGCAAAGCUCUGUACCAAAUGUCUCCUAUAAUAAUACAGCAAGAGAUGGAAGUGGAAGUAAGACAGCCAAUGCAUUUUUUCCUGUUGGAUCUUUAAGCAACGCAUCUCAACUGAUGCAACUGCAUAAGACCCAAUCAUUUGUAGCAAACAAUGGUGAAAUGCUUGAAAUACUUGAAAGGCUCUCAUCAGUCAAGUCAAAUGACAGCUCCAUUCACUCAUCUCCAGGUCGAACAGGCGCAAGAGCUGUUGCUGUUGUACAGCCGUUGUCACAGGAAAGCUACCAAAUUGCCAGCGAGCAUACCUCUUCUAACACAGUCGAUCAAAUGGGUGAAUGCACUGCAACAAAUGAAUCUAUAAAUAAACCAGAGAAAUUAAGUUCACCAGCUGUGACAACAAACCAAAUGUCUCCAUGUUUGAGAGAAGAAUCUAAUCUUUACCCAGAAAGCCCAAACAGGUUGAGGUCUAACAAAUCUUCACGAACAUCCAGUGAUGGUACUUACGAGAAUCAAGACUUGUCACCUAAACAGAUAUGUGCUGAUGACACAGGAUCUGAACUGGCCAUUAACAUGCAAGUAGAUCAGUGUGUUUCACCAACGACUCAACAAUCACUGACCUCUGAAGUGCCAGUAAUCCAAUGCGGUGAUGAGGAGGAAAGCGUAAAUCCAGCUGAUGAAGCGCUUUCCUCAGUACCAACAGUCCCGUGGACAAGUGCCAUAUUAAGUAAGUGCUUAGAGUAUGCCGAAAAAGAGAUGUGCAAAAGAGAUUUUCCUACGGUUCAUUCUGGAAGCCAGUGUUUAAACAUGUUUUGGGAUGGAAGCAUUGCAAACUUGGCAGGAUUGCUCAGGACAGGCUGGUAUAAGAAUUUAAUUACGUGUGUUACAAAGUUCAUUUAUGAACAUGUAACACCAGACACUGUCAUAUUGUCACAAGUAAAGAAAAACUUCAACAGCUACCAUGUCCUCCAACAUGAUGAAGUUUAUUCAGAACCAGAACCCUACAAAUCAUCAUGGUUGAAUGUCAACGAACAGCUAGAUGACAUUGAUAAAGAGUUUGGCUUCCAGUGGUCUUUGAAGCAUCGCCUUCACGUACUUGAGAGUGACAGUCAGCCAGAUCAAGUUGGGACAGGCAACAGCAUUCCUGCACAAACUGAAAGUGAGGCGUCAAUCAGGGUCUCGUCACCAACUGAGCUUGAACCAGUUGACUCGAGUGACGAAAAACAAGCCUCCAGUGUUUCAACGCAAACUGUCUCCCCGAGUAAAACAGAGUGUGUCGAUUCCAGUGACCCAUAUUAUUCAUUUGAAAUCCAAGUUUUGCCUUCAGACGAGGCCCAACUUAUCUUUGAGCAACUAAAAAGCAAGAUGCCACAAAGAAUGGACACAAACAGGUUGCCAGAAAAAGUCACGCGUAGCUCUUUGGAGGGUGAGCUACCUGAUGUUAUAGAUGUCACUUUGAAUGACUCAAGACCGAAGAAAAAAUCAGUCUUUCCAAUAGAACAGGUUUGUUGCAUUGACAAGUGGAUGAACAGGAUUAUGGGGUCAAGCACACCUUCUUUUAAAUGCCAGUGCAAGAACGAGCCAAGUCAUAAACCUAAAGAUUUCCCUGACAAGACCCUUGAUAAUGAAGAUAUUGCCAUACAAAAGAAAGAUAAACGGUGUGCAAUCAGGUCUGACAGCAAAUUACACUCUGUGGUAGGAGAACAGAAUCAAGCGAAAAGUGGGGAGAACAUUGACAUCUUUUGUCAAACCAUUGACUUGACUCAAGGCGACGACAAUCCUCACUCAUAUUCUGACAGAGAACCAAAGAGCAUUUCCCAGAUUAGCAUAACUAGUAGCCAGUCGAGCAUCACACUCAUAAGUGAAAACAAAGAUCUGGAUUGCUCCAUCAGUGAAAAUGAAAUUUGCAGCCACAUGCUAGACUUUGAAAAGGAUUCUCAAAUGAUAGCAAGUGGCCAGUUAGGCGGUUCAGACAGUAGUGAGAAAGAAAGAAAGCAAUUCUUCAGAAGUGGCACUGAAAUUCAGUCAGACCCUGAGGUGGAUUGUGUAGGAGAUCAGUUGAAAUCUACAGAAAGUACGCUGUCAUGUACUUCGGUCAGUAGAGACAAAGAAAUUGAAAAUCUCAGUGAAAGUGAAGUUGCCAACCAGAUGUCAGCCCUCGAAGAGAACUGUGGACAAGCUCAGCUGACAUCUACAAAUAUGCCAGAGUCAUCAUUGGAAACUAGAGAACAAACACAAAUUAGUGCGACUUCUGCCGUCCAGACAACUGUUGAAAGAAAGCAGAAGAGACUUAGCAGUUAUGAUGGAUUUGUUCCAUUCACGAAGAAAUCAACGAUAUGCAAUCCCCAUGUUGAUUCGCAGUCUGUCCUUGAGGGCGUUUCAAAAUGUGGGAAGGUUUUUCUUGAUGCGACUGAUGGUGUACCUUCAGCCUCAAAUGUUAGAACUGUAGAACUGAUACUCUUUGGCUCAACACAAGACCAGUGCGGUUUACUUGGCAGCAGAAAGAGACAUAUUUCAUCUUCAGAGUCUGGAAUACCAAGGCCUCCAGAAGUUAUCACUGUGAAGCUCAGUCCCUUGAGGAGAAAGUCCCGUGAAACUCUCCCACCAGGGGAAAAUUCAGUCAAACUAAAGAUUCACGAAAAAUGGAGAAGAAGUUUUCCACCAACUAAAAUUAGGCACAGAAAAAAACUGAAAACACAGAUGAGAUCGUUUGCCUCUUUAUCUGGGGUGAAUCACAAGAAAGCUGAAGUGGUUGGCCCUACCAACACCGAGGAGCUGCCAGUUUCCUCUGAAAUGAGGAUCCACAAUAGAAAUGCUAAGCGCAGCCUGAGUCUGAAGAGGAGGAGGUCCUUCUCUAAUGGACUAAAACAUGGAGGGGAGAAGAAGAAGAAGAAGGAUGCAGUCUCACUCAAACAGCGUGCUCAUCAAGAGAGAAGUAAUGGUGGAAAUGGAAGCCUUGCUGUCAAGCCUCUUCAGGAGAACGAGGUCCUGAGGUUCAGUGUGUUACCCAAUACCUUCAACUUCAAAGAUGGAUCCAAUGGGAGAAAGGAAACCAGUGAUCCUGUUCCAGAUAAGCCUGACGUCCCUGAAGGAAAGGAAAAGAGCCACAACAAAUCUGUUGUGAGGCCAAAAGAUACAUGGUGUCCAAAACCUGAGAAGAAGUAUCGUCCUCUACUGUCACCUCCUACCUCCAAGAACUCCAGCCUCUUCCAUGUGUUUCAGAAGAAAUACAUGGAGAGGACACAGCAAUCCAUGGAUGAAUAACAUGACGGGCAGAAGUUUCUUUGGCAUCAGAGACAGUUUUUAAGUCAAAUAUCGUCUUCUCUUUGGGAAAGUCUUCAUUUGGGAAAAUGCCUUUCAAGACUGUCACAGAAAGCAUGUUUUUGAAUAUUGAAGGAGUAAAUUGAAGCCAUUUUUGUUUGUACAGUAUUAGGUCUAAACUGUUCUAAUGUAUACAAGUCACGAGUUCUUAGUCAUUUGCACAUAAAUUGUUAGCUGUUUACAUGGCUGUAAAGGUAUGCAAAUCCAUUACUUGCAAACCAUCUGUGUACUGUUUAUUUCAGUUUAAUAUUUAUAUUUUUCUACAUUAAAAAUAUUUUUCUACAACAUUUGUAUCUUAUACAUAUAUUUUCUGCAAUUUUUGUUGUACUUUUACCUACAUUAAAAAUCCUAUUAAAAUCUCA